AUGAAUGGCUGCGCCCUGGGGAUCAAUGCCUUGCGAACCGGCGUCCAGGCAGUCGCACAGCGCUUUGCAUCGCCGUGUUCCCAGAUCUACCGGCCAGCGGCUGUCGGGAUUUCAAACCGCUCCUACUCGUCAUCACGAUCAUGGCCCUCCCAACGACACAGCCCAUUGCCACAACGAGGGAUAGGAGGAGAAAGGCACACGGGAAACACAACCGCGGGACCAGCAUUACUCCAACGGGCCCGCCCAAUACUGCCACAAUGGCUCGGCAUCCGCACCCUAAUCGGUGACCCGGCCACAAUCACACACUACGUUGACCUACCACCAAACUACACCGACGAAGGGGGGCUACCAUUCGCGAAAAAGGAUCUCACAGCGCCCGAGGUGGUCGCCAUCUUCGGCCCGAGCAUGAGCACAAGCGCAGGCAAUGCCCUCCUACGAAUCCUCCACGGCCGGCGCGUGGCCGGCACCCUGGAUGACCCAAUGUUGCGGGUGAACACGAUGAUGUUCUCCAAAAAGACCCAGGAGACUGCGCUGGCCUAUCUCCGGAAGCACAUCCCUGUCGACGAGGUCGUGAACGCGGGGCUGCGGGCCGAGGACGAGCUUGCGGCGCUGGAGAACGGCGGCGAGCUUGUUGCUACUACAGACAACAAGACGAAAGAGGAUGGAAAAGAGGUCGGGGCCGCGGGGUACGCAAGCAAGUUCAAAAUCUACAAGGAGGCGCCGGAAGACGACGGGACUUCCACGGCGAAGAAGCCGAGCGUGUACGGAUACGGCGCGCUGGAUGCGCUCCGGGCGCGCAACAAGGCGAAAUGGGACGCGCGGAUGAAGUACAUUGAGGAGGAGCGCAAGAAGAUGGCCGAGGAGGAAGCUAACCGGUACGGGGGCGAGCAAAAGGCCGGACCACUGCAAGUCGUCAACGGCGAGCGGCCGACACGGGCGCUCAGUCCCGCGAUGCAGGAGUACAUGCGGCGGGCGACAUCAGACAUCAAGGAGAUCCCCACCAUGACGGCGACGCAGCGCAUCGUCCCCUCGCUGCUGUUCGUCCUCGGCAUCCUCGGUCUGUGCUUUGCCUACUCGGCGGUCUACACCCCAGCUAAGCGGGAGAAUCGGCUCUUCCCAGACAUCCCCCCGGCCGCGGCCACAGUCGGGCUGAUAGUCCUAGCCAAUCUGGCUGGUUGGGUACUAUGGAAGAUCCCGCCGCUUUGGAAGCACAUGAACGCCUUCUUUAUCAUCGUCCCGGGCCUGCCGCGGCCGGUAUCCCUACUAGGCGCGAUGUUCUCACACCAGCGCGGCGGCCAUCUCUUCCAGAACAUGCUAGUGCUCUGGUUCAUGGGGGUGCGAUACCACGACGACGUAGGACGGGGCGACUUCCUCGCGACCUACUUCGCCUCGGGUGCCCUCGGUGGGCUGGCAACGCUGGUCGUCGCGACGGUGACGGGCCGGCUGGGGAUGUCGUCGCUGGGGGCGUCGGGCGCGACGUACGGGAUUGCGGCGGCGUAUCUGUGGCUGCACCGGUUUGAUACGUUCCGGAUUUUGGGUUUGCCGCCGCCGCCGGAGGAAGGGUUUGUGUCCGGGUUGGUGCUGUUGGCGCUGGUGGUGGCGCAUAACUUGGGCGGGUUCUUUACGUCGUCGUUCCUCAAGGUGGAUAUCACGUCGCAUUUGGUGGGGAUUCUGGCAGGCGUGGCGGCGGCGUCGCUAGUGCAGAUGAAGAAGGAGGCCGGGCUGCCGGCGGGAGCGGAGAGGCGGUCGCGGAUAGCUGUCAGGCGGUGGUGGUCUUGA